AUAUGUAUGUGACAGGGUAACCAGUAGUUUCAGACACCGUUUUGUGAAACAGGUCGAUCAUGUUUUGCAGGGUUGGGCAGAGUGUAGGCUUCAUUUUUCUUGGAAUUUUGGUCUCGCAGUGUAGAUGCCAGCACCUAGAUUUUGGGAAGGGGCCACAGAAGUUAGCCUGGUUGCAGUUUCUUGUGGUGGUCAACGAUACCUGGGAUCCCAAUGGCUGCAUAGCCACUGUGAAAACACCCCAGAUGAUUCCGGGCAGCAAACACGCACCAAAUAUCAUGGUUGGUUCGUGUGACCAAGGCGGCCUGGAGCUUUCCGUCUCCCAACUGAAUGCAACUACUGUGAAUGUCCACCUUCUCUUUCACUCAUCCGUCAUUGAGGACGCAUCCCCGCCCACAUGCGAUAUACCGUGGAAAGGUGGAUACCUGACGCCGACCAAACCUAGCGCCAAGGAGUCCCUGCUCCCAGGGUGUUUCACUGCAGAGUCACGUGAAGGGUACCACAUGACUUACUACUGGUUCUACAUCAUCGACUGGAUGUGGGGAGCGUGAAGGACGGGAUGACGGCGCUGACUGUAAAUCUUUAUUGUGUUAGUGUUUCUUAGGUUUAUCAGAAUUGCAUGGGUGCUGUUGAUAGGCUCAGUUGUCAGUAUACUGUAUUUUGUGCAAGUGGCAAAUAAAUUGUAGGAAGUUU